CCAUGGUUUAUAUACAUAUGGGACACACUACACAGCUAUGAAUAAAUUCAUCAAGGGCUUUGACCGCUACGGUACACGAAACUUCCCAAGCAUUUGAACAGCCAAUGGCCAACUCUUGAAAUCCAUUGAACCAGACUUGAAUUUGCCACGCUGUGACCCUAUAUAAUGACAUAUGAUAAUAUUAAUAAAGUGACUCAAAUCUUUCCUAUAUUCUCAUCACUUUCCGUGACUACCGCGGCACGUUCAAGCACCGUGUGCCCAAGGACUCGACUCCGUAGUCUAUGCUCCCAAUUGUCCUACCUUCAUGACGACUGCUCCGAGUCAAACCAACCUCGAUCUUCCACCUGUGGACGGGACCACGACUAGUACUAACUGGAUAGAUCGUCUGCAUAAUGCAGGAUGGACAGUAUUUCGUCACGCACAGAAACACACAGGCGUAGGCAUCGUGUGCUCCGUUGCAUACUUUGACCCUGGCAAUUGGGGAGUCGAUCUCCAGGCAGGAUCUCAAUACGGGUAUAGCCUUCUCUUCAUUGUACUUUUGUCAGGCUUGUUCGCUGCAUUUCUUCAAGUUCUUGCCUGUCGGCUUGGAGUGGUCACUGGCCUUGACCUCGCAUCCCAUUGCCGCAUGCUCUUUUACGAUCGACCACGUCAUAAGAAACUUUGGCGAUGGGGAGUCCUUUACCCGCUUUACGUGCUCUCCGAAUUAGCCAUCGUCAGCACCGAUCUUGCUGAGCUCCUUGGCUCCGCAAUAGCACUCUCUCUUCUCUUUCCAGCGCUUCCACUCUGGGCUGGUGUUCUGGUAACAGGCGCCGAUGUCUUAUUGGUACUUGGCCUUGGAAACCCUCUUCAUGCUAGGCCAGCGAAAGUAUUUGAAUGGAUCAUCGCUGUGCUUGUGUUUGCUGUGCUGAUAUGCAUGGCAGUGAUUAUCGGGAAGAUUAAUGUCGCCUGGGGUCAAGCCUUCGAUGGAUUCGUUCCUUCUCAGACAAUUUUUGCUAGCGGCGCUCUCUAUACAUCCGUUGGGAUUCUGGGUGCUACUGUCAUGCCCCAUAGUCUAUUCUUGGGUUCACAUCUAGCAACCCAAGAUAGACUAUGCAAAAAUCCGCUUGUCCCAGAUUCUCCGCUUUCCGACAAAGUGCAAGAACUAGAGCCAAUAGAGGUCGCACCAAGGCGCGAGCGCUUACUACAACACUUAGGACAAGCAAUCUGGCGACAACUCCGGUCGUGGUUUGUAGUAUCUCGCGCCGAGUUAGAGGCGUUGAAUGCCCGUCCAAAGUCUCAUAAACAUAGAGAGAAUAAUCCCUUAGAGUUUGUACGUUCCCAUCUGUACCACGCCAUGGUCGAUGUGGUAUCCAGUCUGCUAGGCUUCGCCGUCAUAAUCAAUGCCCUUAUACUAAUCCUCGCCAGUGCAGUCUUCUAUUACGGAUCAGGAGCACGUGGAUCUGAAUCUCCAGCUAGCUUAUUCGAUGCCCACACUCUGAUAAACAACACGAUUGGCCAAGCUGCCGCGUUACUCUUUGCGCUCGCUUUACUUGCAUCGGGCCAAAGUGCUUCUCUUGUCGCCACUGUAGCAGGGCAAAGCGUUUCAGAAGGAUUCCUGAACUGGAAAGUCUCGCCUGUUGUACGCCGCCUUCUAACGCGUAUGCUAGGACUGAUACCUUCUAUGAUUGUUGCCAUCGUCGUGGGACCAAACGGCGUCAACUCCUUGCUUGUUAUAAGUCAAGUCAUCUUGUCGAUAAUCCUCCCAUUCAUCAUAUUCCCGCUGAUAUACCUCACCUCAUCGUCGCGCAUCAUGCGAGUACACAAAACGGCUCCAGAACAUACGGACAUCGGUCCUCCUGCGGAAACUUCCUUCUUGCCUGCUCUCACAUCCUUGGAUAGUGACCCGGAGAUAAUUCAGACCGAGGACUUCGUGGACUUCAGCAGCGGGAAGCUCAUGAUGUCGGUUGGGUGGUUGAUAUGGUUAGUGAUUGUGGUAGCUAAUGUCUACGUGCUUGUAACUCUAGGCAUGGGGCAAGAUAGCUGAGCUCAGUCACAAACCGUGUGCGUGACGAGACAUGUGCCUCUGUACCUAUCUAGCUGUACACCUCAAAACUUUCAUCCCCAUGUGUGUGCUGCACAUCAGCA